GGUUUGUCAGAUUCCUGCCUGAGGAGGGCAGAAGCCAGAGAUGAUUUAAGUCCUCAGAGUCCUCACAGGAGGCAGACAUCCAUGGUGAGCUCGGCACAGUUUUCCUGUGUGCAGGCCACGCGAGCCCGGCUGCCCUGCCCGGAGGACAGGUGUGGGCAGAAGGUGUUUCCUGUGCCGGGGGCUCCACCGACCACACGUUCAGCUCUUCUAGGAGAAAAGUAGGAGCGCAACCCCCGCACCAGAAUUCUGUUUGCGACAAGGAGCUGGUGCACUUUCUUACAUGUGGCUGUCUGGUUGUUCCAGCGCUUACUCUGAAGAGAAUAUCUUCACCCUUCGUAUUGUCUUUUCAUCUUCGUCUAAGACCAGUUGACCACAUUUACUGUGCUCGGCAGCUGGGCCAUGGAUCAGGCCUCCCGAACGCCCUGGAGCACAGAAGGUGGAGCUUCCGCCUCUUACAGCCUUGGCACACUUCUAAAAGAUGUCGAGAUGAGAAGUCGAAUCCUCUCACAGGAAACCUGGGAUUCAAUUCUGUCACAUCUGGAGGAAGGGGACGUUCCUAAGGCAGCUUCUGCAAUCAAAGCUGCCUUGAAAGACAUUGACAAUGUGCCACUGAGCAUCGCAGUGACAGGGGAGACCGGAGCAGGAAAAUCUACUUUCAUCAACGCCCUUCGGAGGGUAGGGCAUGAGGAAGAAAGUGCGGCUCCCGCUGGGCCAGUGGUGACCACCACGGAGGGAACUGCGUACCAUCAUCUGAAGUGUCCCGGUGUGACAGUGUGGGACCUGCCUGGCCACGGCGGCACUGACUUCCCAUUACCAAAGUACCUGGAGGAAAUUGCUGAUUAUGACCUCUUCUUUGUCAUCUCUGCCACCCGCUUCAAAGACAGUGAUGCACAACUGGCCAGAGCCAUUGCAAACAUGAAGAAGAAGGUCUACUUUGUUCGAACAAAAGUUGAUCAUGACUUAAUCACUGAGCAAAGAAGUAAGCCAAAGACCUUCAAUAAGGACAAAGUCCUGCAAGAGAUCCGAGAUUACUUUGUGAGGCAGUUACAGGAGGCCAGUGUGACAGCUGAUCGAGUCUUCUUAGUUUCCAGCCUCGAGAGGUCUGACUACGACUUCCCUGAGUUGGAAAACACCCUUCUGAGGGACCUGCCAGCUCACAAGCGUCACAUCUUCACGCAGUUCCUGUCCAGCAUUAUGGAAGCUGCCAUUGAUCAGAAGCGAGAUUCCCUGAAGCAAAUGGUCUGGCUGGAGGCCCUGAAGGCUGGACUAUGGGCAGCCAUCCCUGUCAUGGGCCUCUUCAGUGACAGUGAUAUUGAGAAGCUCCAGGAGACCUUAACCCGCUACAGGUCUUACUUUGGGCUGGAUGACGCGUCACUAGAACAGAUGGCCAGGGAGCUGCAUGUGUCUGUGGAGCACCUGAAGGCAAACCUUCAGUCUCCUCACUUGCUGUCAGCGGAGACCGAGGAAUCCUUAUGGGAAAUGUUGAAGCAGUACAUUGAGAAGGUUCUUUCAGUCAUGGGAGGACCCAUUGCUGUUGGCCUUUACUUUACAAAGACCUUUUACUUGCAAAAUUAUUUCCUUGAGACUGUGGCAAGUGAUGCGAAAGCUCUCCUUAAGAAAGAAGAUCUCUUUGGUGACUCUGUGGGCUCUGAGGAGGGCUACAGCAAAUAGGGGAUGUGAGGAAGCCAGCCUCUGCCUUUGCCCCACUGUGCUCAUGGCUCUGGACACUAGGAAGGCAGCUUAGGGCUCUCCUGAGGCAGCCAGGCCAGGCUGAGAUGCUCUCAGGCAUGGUCACUGUUGGGUAAAUAAAGUAAGUAGUCUGGAGUUUUAUGCUAAGAGGAGAGAACAUCUUGCUGUAUACUGGUUAUUUCAUACCCAGGACUCCUCUUAUUGAGGAUACAACAGUAAAAAAUUGCUGGGUACUCAGUAAUAUUUCAACAAUAUUUUUGAAUGGAUGUAUACAUUGCAUGUUUCCAGUAUUCCUGACAUUCUGCUACAAGUGUACACAUUCUGAUCAUUAAUAGAACAGUUAAUGUUGACUGACAUCUCCUGUUCCCUCGAGGGUUAUCAUUUAUUGAGUAAAUAUGAAAGAUAGUGAGCUAAGCAUGGAGUGACCAGACAUGAAGGAGAGAUGCUGGCUAAGUCAAACUUUCAUUCGGGUGCCUCAUGAGAGGGCAAGUGUGCGAAAUGAGAGCACCAUCCAGGGGGUGCAUGCGGGGACCUGGGGACUGCCAGGUCCUUAACACAGCACAUUUGUUCCCCAAUCUUCAGAGGUUAGGAAACGGGAGAGAAGAAUAUAAUAAUAAGAUUAAAUGUAGGAGACAAAUAAGAGAUAUAAAUGUUGCUUAAAUAUAUGAAAACAUGUUCCAUCUCUCAUCUAAUAAGAGAAAUGAAAUUACAAACUAUCUACACCAAGAUAGUGUCUCACCUAUAUUUGGGAAAAUUGCAAAAUUUAGUUUAUGGGUGAAAUUGUCAAAAAAUGUCAUUUUAUGUCUAAAGCUGCUGCCAAUAGAAAAAUGAUAAAAGCUAUAAUUGGGAAAUUAGACAAUCUCUAUGAAAUUUAUGCAUAUGUUCGACCCAAUGAUCCCACUUUAAACAAUCUAUGCUCUAAAGGUAUGGAGAGUACAAAUAGCUAUAUGCUGAAGGUUCCUGGAUGCAGCACUAUUUGAAAUGGGAAAGAUUGCAAACAAUUCAAAUGUUCUUUAAUAGGGUUCAUCACAAAACAGACGCCUUAACAGCCAGAAUAUGGAAUGCGGAAUACCCUGUCUGUCACUUGCAGGAUACAUAAAAUGUCCAAAGCAAGGUGCAAUAAUGUGUAUACAAUAAAUUGCUUCUGGUUCAAGAAAGUUCAAAACAUAAAUAUAUUUUGCACAUAUCUUAGAUUAAAGAAUGGAACAAUCUUA